AUGGACGAUUACAUUGUUCCAGACGAAAUCGAGGUCCUUCAGCCUCCGUUCAAAGAGGAGUUGGUCUCGCUGAGCAAGCCUGACCCUGACCUCGCUGCUCUAUUUGACCAACUGCCAUUGCCCUCUGGUGGGUUCUUCACCGGCGCCCCCCUCGAUGACCUUCGCACCCAGCACACAGCCAUCGAGAAGGAAUUGUACGAAACUGGCCCGACCCUCGGAACCAGGGAGUCAGUAGGCAGGAUCCCCAUGCGAGACGGAUACAAAAGUGAGAUCCGCGUAUUCAGGCCCAGCGUUCUCCCCGACGACGGAGGUCCUGUGUUCGUUCUGAUAUAUGGCGGAGGGUAUUUGGUCGGCAGCAACAUGCAGCUCGCUCCGUCCGCGCGAGCCCUGUCUGCCUUGUACAACGCAACCACCAUCACCGUCUCCUAUAGGCUGGCCCCAGAGCACCCUUUUCCUACUGCUCCAGAGGACGUCUGGGACUCGGUCAAGUGGAUAGCCCAGCACGCAACCCUGCUCGGCGCCGACCCAUCCAAGGGCUUCAUUCUCGGCGGCGUCUCAGCCGGCGGCCACUUGACUACUCUUACAGCCCAGCGCGCCGUCAAAGAGAAGCUCUCGCCCCCUCUAACGGGUCUCUGGGUGGCUGUCCCCGUCACGACCUUGACAGAAGAAGGAAUCCCCUCGCAAUACCGCAGCGAUUGGGUGUCCCGAACCCAAAACCAACACGCACCUAUCCUGGACGUGGCCGACAUCAACUUCUCGAAAGAGGCAUACAAACCCAACAGCACUUCCGACAAUUUCACACCCUUCAUGUAUCCCGAUCGUGCGCACCAGCUCCCGCCCGCCUAUAUCCAGGUUGCGGGUUUGGAUCCCCUUCGCGACGACGGCUUGAUCUAUGAGCGUUAUCUCCGGGACCACGGGGUUAAGACUCGUCUGGAUGUUUAUCCUGGUGCUCCACACUGCCACCACGCCAUAUUUCCAGAGCUGGAGUCGUCCAAGAAGUUUCGUCGUGACACGCCUGUUGGUGUGGGUUGGCUGUUGGGCAGGGAAGUCAGUGACGAGGAUGUCACCAAUGUUGCGGGCGAGGCGCUGGGCUUGGUCGAUAUUAUCGCCCGGGCAGCGCUGUGA